AUGGAGUCCAGGGUGGGCCGUAAAUUUCGCGAAAUAAUAUCCGAGGUAACCGGCAAUGCGCGGUCAGAGUACGCGACAUCUCUGCGGGAGGAGCACCGGGAGGCUCUGCUUUACGGCAAGAAGGCAUACGCAAUAGACAAUGGAGGCAAUGACAUCACGCUUUUUGUCCCAUGGCGCUUGCAUGAGCCCAUCGAGUCUCUGUUCCGAGCCAUCGCAGGCGGCCCUCGCCUAUUAGCGUCUUCGUUUAGACAGCUGGUGGACCACGCUGCCCUCUUUCCCAGAUCACAGAACUCGCGAAAAAAGGAAGAUAUAAUCGAUUAUAUCCUAGAAAGGGUCCUCGGCAACUUCGGCUCGCUGGAUUUCGAGCAGUUUUUGCAUGCGCUAUUUCUGCUCUCGAAGUACCGAGCAGCAGUGCUUCGAGUGACGGAACAGUGCGCGUUCAACCAUGUUAUCGCACUUCUGGUGAAGAGCGGUGGCAACGUCCCAUCGGAGAGUCGCGACGUACGUGCGGAUUGCGUCAAGCCACCGGAAUUUGCUGAAACACGCCACACGUCCAUUCGCCAGGAACCAAACGAACCAACGGAAGCUCUGGUAGGCCCUAUGAGCAGGGUAGCACUGGAUAGAGAGCCGAGCAUCGCCCCGUCCGUCGUUCGUACCGAACAGGAAGACGCCAUUGGGCACGAGGCAAGCCUCGUUCUCUCCGAAGACCAACAGUCGGACAAUACGAUAGACACAGAUAAUGCCGUCACGGAGGAGCCAUUACCGGUACCGAUACAGAUACCGGAAGUGGGUAUGAAGAGAGAGAAGUCCGGUGUGAGUAGUUUCGUCUGGCAACCAUCGCAAAACGACCGUUUAAUCAGAAUUGCCGAGGACAAGAUGAAUGAGACAUGCGAGUUCAUGAAGACAGAGUUUUUGACAUUGCGCGACCGCAUGGAGGAGUACAAAAUCCAGGAAAGCCAGCGACAGGAGUUGCUCCGCACGAUAUCGGCGCUGAAAGCUGACAACUCGCAACUGAAGACACGCAUGGAAGAAGAUCACGCCACGGCAGCGGAAACGAGGAGCAGACUGGAAGCCAAGGUUGAAGAGCUCAAAAAAGAGAUGCCCGCGAUGCAGAGCCGUGUCGAAGACCUAGAGAAGCAGCUGGAGGAGUCGAACACGAAACUUGCCGAGGCCAACCGGAAGCUUGAGAAAGCCGAAUUCCAGCGUGACGAGCACCAGAACAUACAGACCAUGCUCGCCCUUCAAAACGACUACGAGACUAUGCUUUUUUCGGCGUUUGUGUCAUAUCGGGACGACGAGCUGUCUAACGGCGAGUUCGUCAUGUCGGAGAACAGCUGCAUCACCUUUUGCUUGGACUUCGGGCUAGGCGACUCGCAACUGUUGACCGCGGCGGCCGCAGACCCGGUGGCAAAAUUGGCGUACCGCGAAGUGUGCAAACGAGCUCCGGAUGGGAAGUUGACCUACGCGCUGUUCAAGGAGUUCUUGUUGCGCCUUGCGGAAAUCAUAGACCCCCAAUCCACGCAGAAGCGUGCCUUCCAGCUUCUAUUGCUAAACACUGUCUUUCAACGAAUGGAAGAUGAUCGGAGGGGCUCACGCUACGGCGGGCGACACCUGAUAUCGCCUGACGAGUUCGGACGCCUACCGUACGACGUAAUUUCGCCGGGGCACUCCGAUGUCACCCAGAUUGGCCUUGUAACCGACACCGCGGAACGCGCUCGGGGUUACAUGGAUGUAGAAGGCAAAAUGUGGUUUGAGAAUGAGCGGGAACAAAACGCCACCCAACCACAAAGCGGCGGGGGCACUCCGCGAUUCCCCGAACGAGAUAUUUAA